UCGAUAUAGGGAAGCAAUGGAAAUUGCCUUGAUUGAGUACUCCCCAGGAGAGAAGCUUUCAGGAGAGAGUUCAAAGAAAGACCCAAAUCAGGUUGAGCAAAUAUGUAGAGGAGAUUGCAGUACAGAGAAGUUAUGCAGAGGCUCUAGUAAGGGUAAACAAGUUUUGCAGGCUAAUGAAGUUGAAAAACUAAGCAAGCGACUGACGAUCCUUGAAGAAGAAAACAAACAUAUGAACCAAGUGCUCUUGAACACCUUGGAAGAAAGAAGAAUACUGUUGAAUGAAAUAUACCAGCAGUUUCAAGAAAUGCACCAUUGCUUCCACUACACAAACAGAUCUUGUGAUGGAUCUUUGGUUGCCGUCCCUUGUGAGGACAGAACACUUUGGAGAGGCCUGUCACAAGUUUUAUGCCAAGAAUCAAGUCCAUAUGUUGUCACCGGGCACAGUAGCAAGAACUGCAUAUCAGGUUCUGCGAUGACUUUCUCGAUAUGCCAUGAAAGCUUUGUUGGUUUUGCUCAAGUAGACAGGCCUAUUUAUUGGAUUUGUAAAGACGGUUGAUAAAAUGGCUAUCUAAUAUUGUUCAACUAGACCCAUCAUUAAACCUCUAGAAUUUGACUCUUCUUUCAUGACAGAAAUCUUGUUCUUGUAUCUACAUACUGCCUUUUCAGCCUCAAAUUGCACAUCUAUAUUUCAUAACCUGUUCAUAAGUGCCCCCUCCAUUGAGUAGAAAAAGAAAACUAACUAAAAAAAGGCUAGAGGAAAGAAAGGACAUUGUUUAUUGAAUCCUUAUAUAUAGUGACAACAAAUAUUUCUGGUUAGUUGAUUGGUUUUAUCAUAUUCUGCUAUCUCAUCCUACUCAAGGAACCACAAAAGCUUCAAGAAAUCUUAACUCUAUUAGAGAAAACAGUAUUCAGACAGCAUCUUAUGAAACAGGGAGAAGAACAAUCUAUUGCGGCUGUUAAAUAAAAGUGUGAAACAAAUCUGAGGGAGAGUAACUAACUAAUAAUAACCUAGUAAUCACAUUGUAUACAUUUCCCUGACAUAGUUCCAAGUCCACCAGCUCAUGAUUCAAAAUUACCAUGAUAUUGCAUGAUUCCUGG